AUGUUCGCGACAUUAGCGGAAAGCGAGAAUAUGAGGAAGCUGAUACGGAAGCGCCUAGACCCAUGGCAGACAGUUGGGGGGGAAAUCCUCGCGGCGGAGGCCGCGGGAGAGGCGGAAGAGGUGGAAGUGGCGGAAGAGGCGGAAGUGGCGGGCGAGGCGGACGAGGCGGGCGAGGGUUUAGCGGAUCAUUUGGGGGUUCAAGGGACUCGCAAGGUUCAGGGUAUAAGGGAGGUUGGGGCGGGGCUGGGCGGGGAUCGGAUGGAGGAGGGGGAAGACGAGGGGGAGGCUGGGGAGGCGGGCGCGGAAGAGGGGACGAGAGGGGCGGAAGAGGCGGGGGACGGGGCGAGUGGGGUAGACAGCAGGGCGCAGCUGGCGGAGCGAUUGGGCGCGGAGGGAGCGCCAGCCCCGGCGACUCGAGAAAGCGCAAGUUUGAAGGCGCAGGCGGAGGUUCCAGCGACGGUGGAGGGGGAGGCGCGCGCGGGCGAGGGUGGGGGAGAGGCGGCGGGCGCGGGAGGGACGGGGGACGAGGCGGGGGACGGGGCGGCGGACAGGGGCGGGGGGGAGGAAGAGGGGAGAGCGCACCUAGCGGACCGAUGGAUAGGAAGCAGAGGAAGGUGCGUGCAAUGGCACUCAUGGCAUUCGUCGGCUUUAAAGCACCUCGUCAUUCCCAUGAACACCGUCCCUCCUUUGAACCCUGUUCCCCCCUCAAAACCCUUCCCUUUUGUCCACCUCUCCUACCCUCUUUUUCUCCUCUCCUCCACCGCUCCCCCUCCUACCCUGUCUCCCUCCUUCCUCUCCCUCCCCCCUCCUCCCCGUUCCCCCUCCUACCUUUUGCCCUGCGCACAGGAGUUGGCGGAGGCGCGGAAGAAGCGCCGCCGCCCGCUCUUUGAUCUCGAGAAGGAGUUGACGCUACUGUGGGAGAAGAGUCGGCAGAGGAACAUCGACAUGGAGAAGAAGCGCAAGCUGGUGACAAUGAUGACAGCGAAGAUGAAGGGGAAGAUGGUGGAGAUGGCGCGCUCACACACCGUGUCACGAGUGCUGCAGAUGUGUGUCAAGCACGGCCGCAAGGAGGAGCGGGAGGCUGUGUUUUCUGAGCUGCGCCCGCACUGCCGUGAGCUGGCAGUGCAUCCCUACGCGCACCACUUGGUCAACCGCAUGAUGGACCAUGCGAGCAAGGAGAAGAAGCACGACAUCGUGGGGCAGCUGAGGGGCCAUGUGGUGGAGAUGAUGCGGCACCCUGUCGCCAGUGCUGUCAUAGAGCAUGCAUAUCAACUCUCCCCACCCCCUCAGCGAUCAGCCCUAGCAUCCGAGUUCUUUGCGCCAGACUUCCGCCUCUUCCCCUCGCUCGCCCUCCCGGGCGCCGGCCGCCUCUCCGACCUCCUGGCCAACCUCCCCUCGGGCACCUCCCGCCAAUCAGUGCUGCAGCACCUGGAAACUUCCCUGCAGCCGAUCCUGGAGAAGGGCAUAGUGGAUCAUUCCCUGUUCCACCGCGUGCUAGCGGACUACCUGGGCGUCAUCUCCAAGAGGGAGGUGGCGGAGGUGAGGCAGCAGCUGAUGGGGGCGCUGCUGCUGCGCAUGGUGCACACGCGGGAUGGGGUCAGGAUCGCCAAUACUAUGGUGGCACAAGCAACUCCAAAGGAGAUGCGGCGGGUGGUGAAGGCGCUCAAGGGGGUGGUGGCGCGGGUGAUGUGUGACGACCACGGCCACCUGCUGCUGCUGCAGCUCUUAGAAUCCGCCUCGUCAGGCCCAAUCAACCGGUUCGUGAUCAAGGAGCUCUUGAAGGACCUGUUGGAGGUGAUGCAGGAGCGCAUUGGCCGCCGGUUCCUGCUGCAGCUGCUGGCCCCCUCCUCCCACCGCUACCUGCCGCCCGAUGCCGCCCAGGCCAUUGUGCUGGGCGGCAGAGUGGUGGAGGAGGUAAAGGAGGAGAAGGAGGAAGAAGGGGAGGAGGGGGAGGAGGAGGGAGGUGAGGAGGGAGAGGAAGGGGAGGAAGAGGAGAUGAUGGUGGAAGGGGAGGAUGGAGAGGAGGAAGGAGAGGAGGGGGAGGAGGAGGGGGAGGAGGAAGGGGAGGGAGGGGAGGAUGAGGGAGAGGAAGGGGAGGAAGGAGCGGAAGGAGAGGAGGGAGAGGAGGGGGAGGAAGGGGAGGAGGAGGAAGGAGAGGAAGGAGAGGAAGGAGAGGAGGGAGAGGAGGAAGGAGAGAAAACGAUCAAGCCCGGGAAGAAGAAGGGGAAGCUGGAUGGCAAGAAGAGAAAGGCGGCAGCAGCAGCAGCUGCUGCGUUGGAUGAUAGUGAUGAUGAUGAUGAGGAGGAGGAUGAAGGGGAGGAGGAGGGCGAGGGAGGGCAGGGGUCCCGGUCCCUUGCGAAGAGGAGGAAGCUUCUGGUGGAUUCGGGGUUGGCAGAGGAGAUGCUGAAGCUGGCAACGGAGCAUGCAGGAGCCAUGCUCACCUCUCAGUUCGCCUCUGAUGUCAUCUACGAGGUAAGAUGCACUGUUACAGUUUCGUAUAGCUUGCCUGAGGAGGGGACGCAUCUCUGCUCGCCGGCCACCACCUUUCACUCCUGUCUCCUCUGCACUCUGCCAUCGCUGCUGAAGCUGCUGCUCCCCCACCCGCCACGAAUACUGCUCCCUGCCUUCCCUCCCUCCCUGUCUCGCCUCCCCCAGCUUGCCCGAGGAGGGGACUCCUCUCUGCUCGUCCAGCACCACCCCUCGCUCCUCUCCGCUCUGCACUCUGCCAUCGCUGCCGAAGCUGCUGCUCCCUGCCUCCCACUAAUACUGCUCCGUGCCUUCCCUCCCUCCCUGUCUCGCCUCCCCCAGCUUGCCCGAGGUGGGGAUUCUUCUCUUCUCGCCCUGCACUGCCCCUCACUCCUCUCCGCCCUGCACUCUGCCAUCGCUGCCGAAGCUGCUGCCCCCCGCCCCCCUGCUGCUGCUGCCACAGCUGAGAACGCCAAGAGCGAGAAGGGAAAGAAGGGGAAAAAGGGGAAGGGGAAGAGCAAGGAGGGACAGGGUGAGGAGAAGGAGAAGGCAAAGGAGGAAGGGGAGGAGGGGGAGGAGGGGGAGAAAGCAGAGGGGGAGACGGAGGAGCAACAGAGCCAUGUGUUGGAGGACUUCUUUGGGAGUAGAGUGCUCAGGAGACUGGUGGCUGAUGAGGAGAGGCUAGCAGCUGCAGCAGCUGUGGAAGGAGCAGAAGAAACGGCAAAGGCAGAAGAAGAAGCAGGAGGGGAAGGGGAAGGGGAAGGGGAAGGGGAAGGGGAAGGGGAAGGGGAAGGGGAAGGGGAGCCUUUUUGUGCUGUGUUGUGGCGAGAGGCGUUGCAAGGGCGGUGCAGGGAGUGGGGCACAGGACACAGCGCCAAAGUAGUGGCAGCACUGGCCCAUGCCCCUCACAAGCCAACAAAAGACGCCGCCCUGAAAGAAAUGGCAGCAUUCCUUGAUAAGCCCGAAUUUGCAGCACUGAAACGGCUGGUGGAGAGUCCUCCCACGCACCACCACCACUAG